UGCCUGCUGUCUACCUGUCUCAGCUCUUUGCGCAAGCUAGCUAGAAAUCAGCUGAGUAGCCCUUAGUAAUGCCUUCUAUUAUUACUCUACCUCAGUGACAUUUAGUCGGUGCUAGUUAAACGCGACUGUUAAAGGCAAUGGGACUACCGCAGAGCACGUUUCUGUCGGACGGUGGAACAAACAGUGGCUAUCAUGUCCACGGGGUUCAAGAGGAUUCACCUGCUCUCAAGGCUGGUCUGGAGCCCUUCUUUGAUUUCAUCCUCUCUAUAGGAAAUGCCCGACUUAAUAAAGAGAGUGACUUGCUCAAAGACCUCCUAAAAGCCAAUGUAGAAAAAUCGGUAAAACUUGAAGUGUAUAACUCUAAAACCCAGCGGGUGAGAGAACUGGAGGUGACACCCAGUAACAUGUGGGGCGGUCAGGGCCUGCUCGGGGCGAGUGUCCGAUUCUGCAGCUUUGAAGGAGCCAAUGAGAACGUCUGGCACGUGCUGGAUGUAGAAGCUAACUCUCCUGCAGCGUUGGCUGGCCUUAUUGCACAUCAUGACUUCAUUGUGGGAGCUGACCAGGUGUUACAAGAUUCUGAAGAUUUCUUUUCAUUGAUUGAAGCCAAUGAGGGGAAACCUCUGAAGCUGCUAGUGUACAAUACACUAUCUGAUCAAUGCAGAGAGGUAGUGGUGACUCCAAAUGGAGCAUGGGGAGGAGAGGGAAGCUUAGGCUGUGGUAUUGGCUAUGGCUACUUGCACAGGAUCCCAACUCGUCCAGCUCAGCCAAAAAAUCUGAAUGAAAAUGUUGUGCAAUCCACAGUCACUGGCAGCAGUGAAGAGCUGGCUGCAAGUGACCACACUGAGGUGCCUUCUGCGGCUGAAUGUAGCCCUUCUAGUGUCAGUGAAACAGGCUUGAAUCAGAUCGAAGGAGCUGUGCAAGACCUGUUUGUAACCUCACCCACACAGCCAGCAGUAGACUUAGAUACUUCCAACAUACCCGAAACAAUGACUCCAGACUUAUCAGACAUGGUUUCCACCAAUGACAUGGGCCAGAGCUCCAUGCUUGCUAAUUAUGGAGAUGACACUCAUGAUCAGUGUAGCAUGGAUAACUCAUCUGUUUUCCAAAGACCUUCAUCUCCAGAGGAGAAAGAAGCGUCAGACAUCCAGGAAAGGGAGCAGGAGCGUGCUCUUGGCCUGGUCACAGCACCUUCUCUAGAUGCUGCAGAUGACCUUGCUGGCCUUGAAGUCGCCACAGAAAACCUGUGUGACACAAGUACCCCAGAGAUGCAAAAUGUGAGCUGUGAGCCCUCUCUCUCAGCCAGUAUUACGGAGGAGGAGAUGUCGGAGCCUGCUGCGACAGACAAUUAAGAGGAUUGCUGUACCAGACAACAAGUAACUAAUUUAACUUUCAAGCUCACUUGCAUAAAAGAUUAAGAGCACACCAUGAUACAGAAAAGCUUCCCCAUGUGACUGUAAGUUGCUUCACUGGAAAUAUUUUUAAUUUAGAAGAGUUUUAUUUACAUAAAAGUGCCAUUGCUGCAUGCUGAAUUGCACAUUUAAGAAAGAUGGUACGUUGAGUGGAAAGGUGGUCAGACAGCUGUAACAAUAUGAAUGUAUUCUAUAAUUUAGGUGCACUGUAUGUCUCAACAUCAAACAGAAGGAAGCCUUAGCUGAGUCUUUGUUGCUGUUAAAACUCAUCCUAGUUUGCACUAAAAAGCCAAAGGUGAAUAAUACUCAGUUUUGUUGCUCCUCACUGCUAAACAGCAUGAAACACUGUUAGAUAAAGAAAGUCUGCGAUGGAGUUCACACGGAUCCAUUACGUGGUUUUGUUUUUUUUAUUAACUUUGGAAUUCGGGGGUUUAUGUUUUUAUUUGGGUUGAGAUGAGUACACACACAAAAUGAUGUUUUAAUCUCAGGCAUUUACCUUUUCAGCCUUUUUGCCUAUCCUCUUUUCUUGUGUGUAGAUUUUUCUUGACUGGUGCAAUUGAGUGAGCUACAUGUCAUGCAGCUCUCUGAUUAACUUCUGUUCCUUCUCUUUAUAUAGAUUUUAAUUAAAUUAUGUUUAUGAUUUUUAUGGUUGGAUGUAAAUAUUCAAAUAUUUAUAAAAAAAAAGAGACGCUC